GGGGGGCUGCAGCACGAGACGCAGGAGCUGGCCUCCAAGCGGGUGGACAUCCAGAACAAGCGCUUCUACCUGGACGUGAAGCAGAACGCCAAGGGCCGCUUCCUGAAGAUUGCCGAGGUGGGCGCGGGCGGCAACAAGAGCCGCCUCACCCUCUCCAUGUCAGUGGCCGUGGAGUUCCGCGACUACCUGGGCGACUUCAUCGAACACUACGCGCAGCUGGGCCCCAGCCAGCCGCCCGACCUGGCCCAGGCACAGGACGAGCCGCGCCGGGCGCUUAAGAGCGAGUUCCUGGUGCGCGAGAACCGCAAGUACUACAUGGAUCUCAAGGAGAACCAGCGCGGCCGCUUCCUGCGCAUCCGCCAGACGGUCAACCGGGGCCCCGGCCUGGGCUCCACGCAGGGCCAGACCAUUGCGCUGCCCGCACAGGGGCUCAUCGAGUUCCGCGACGCUCUGGCCAAGCUCAUUGACGACUACGGAGUGGAGGAGGAGCCGGCCGAGCUGCCCGAGGGCACCUCCUUGACUGUGGACAACAAGCGCUUCUUCUUCGAUGUGGGCUCCAACAAGUACGGCGUGUUUAUGCGAGUGAGCGAGGUGAAGCCCACCUACCGCAACUCCAUCACCGUGCCCUACAAGGUGUGGGCCAAGUUCGGACACACCUUCUGCAAGUACUCGGAAGAGAUGAAGAAGAUUCAAGAGAAGCAGAGGGAGAAGCGAGCUGCCUGUGAGCAACUCCACCAGCAGCAGCAGCAGCAGCAGGAGGAGACCGCCGCUACCACCCUGCUGCUGCAGGGUGAGGAAGAAGGGGAAGAAGAUUGAUCAAACUGAAUGAAAAUAAACCCCCCACACAUGCAUACACACACACAUACACACACACACAGCCACACACAGAGAAAAUAUACUGUAAAGAGAGAGAGAAAAUAAAAAGUUAAAAAGUUAAAAAAAAAAUAACUGUUAACUCCAAGGGAGCACCACCCACAGAACCUCCACCAACUGACAGUUUCUCUUCUUGACUUGCCACCCAUCGCUGGAUGUUGUCCACUUUAUCCACCAUAUAAAACAGUAAGCAGCUGCUAAAAACAAAAAACAAAAAAAAAUACAAAAAGUAAUAACAUUAUAUGAACUGUGUUUCCUACUUGAUUAAAAAAUAUAAAGAACUGAGUGUUUAUUUCCCUAAUUAACCAAGAACUUUUGUACACGUUUAAGCUAUUAUUAUUAAAAGUGUUUGCAAAAUGGUCAAGAUUAUAAUAUUGCUGAAUUAUAUAAAAGUCCUUUUCAUGUUGAGCUAACAUUUGACUUUAGCACAAAAAAGAGAUAUUUUAGAACACGUAAAAUAAUAUUUUUAGUUUUUCUCAUUUUGUUACCAAAUUUCAGACCUUACAUGGAGGUUAUAGUAUAUUUGACACCCUAUAUACCUGUGAUUAGAGAUGUGUAUAUAUAUUUGAGGGCUAGGCAUGCUGUGUGUCUGAGCUUUGUCUAAAUGUUAUGCAGAAGUUUGUAGAGUUAAAGGUACGUAGGUUUAAUUCAUGCAAGGUAAACAAUAAGUGCUCUCUUUUAUACAAUAUGCAUUGCAUCUGGACCUUAAACAUAUAAAAAUGGUCAGUGAAACUUCUGUGAACAUGAAGAAAUUAUUAAAAAAGGCAUUUAAAUGAAAUUUGCUAAGUUGUGAUUUUUACGGUUGGAACCAAAGUUAUUCAAGUAGUAAAAGGAAAAGGAGAAAGAAAGAAAAGGAAAUCUCCCAUAAUAUUUUUCUGCAUCUGUUUGCUUUGACUGAGUAGGCGUUUUUGUCAUUAUUGUGUAUAUGAGAUGUACUUGUAUCGUUCAUAAUAUAUUUUUUUUAUUAUGUGUAGAAAGAUUUUUAAAAUAUAACUAACGUGCAGCAAUUUCCAGUGAACCUGUACUUGGACAUCAGGUAGUGAGUCUUUGUGGUCACUAGCACUGUCUCCUAAACUUGUAAGAGGUCUGAAGCUAUCCUUUGAUUUUCGCCAGUGCUUUUAACUUAAGUAGACCUGUUAAAAAGCAGAGCAACACAAUUAUAGUUAUCCUACUGAGCCAUGGAUUCUGAGUUUCAUUUUAGAAGUGAAAGCCAAGUUGGUGUAUGUAAAGGAUUUCCAUGUAGCUGUGGUGCUAGUUAUUACUGGCUACAUUAUAUGCUAAGUGUAUUUGUGUUCCCUAAGUGUACAAGCCUAUCAAAAAAGUAUGUUCUAUAACUCAUAUAAUCAAGGUUGUAGGGGAUGAAAAUGCAAGGCUUAGGAGAGCACUUUACCAUACUGGUGUCCUCCAAACUGAAAUUGUUUGUAACGAUAGUCUUACAGGUUUUCAUUUAAAGAUGUUCGUGUGCUUUUAAUUGACAACUAACUUCUUGCUGCUGUAUAGUAAAAUAUUAAUAUAUUUUUAUCAUUAAACUGCUGCAUGACUAUCAUCUUUGAGUGAAGAGAAAAUGUUAUAAAAAAAAGAUGCCUUAAACAGUACAUUUUGAUUUGGAAUUCUGUAGAAAGUAUUUUGGUUUAAAAAAAAAAAAAGAUAUUGUCUGAUAGAGUUCUGGGGAUGGAAUUGUUUCUUGGCAUAUCCAGCCAUUUAGACCUAACUGCUGUAUGUAGAAGACACCACCUGUAGGAGCUGGAAGGUAUUGGUGCUUCUCACAUUUUAAAGCAUUGGCCUAGGAAGGUGAAACAGUUGUCCUUUUGAAGGAUUCUUUUUUUUUUUUUCUUUUUGUUCUGGUUCUUUGGGUUUUGAUUUGAUACUUUUAAACUCCCUGGUUGAGUGUGUUGUCUUUGUUUUUGAGAUCUACUGUAUGUGUUGAAUAACAAGCUAUUUCCAUUGUACUGUGCAUUUUCCCAUUGAAUUGUUUGCUUUUAAUAUUCAUGCAAUGUUGAAUAAGAGGUGACCGUACAAUAGUUAGGAGUUUCUUUACUUACAAAAUCACUGGAAAUUAUUAAAUUGCUUUCCCCUCCCCCCAAGGUGCAUUUUUCUUAUUUCCGUAUAGUAAAGUUGAGCUUUUACAGUGCAUAAUGUGACAUUUGGAAUGCUUAUCAACUGCAUGUAAACAUUAAUAACCUGCACUUUUUUGUCUUAAGGUUUGUUGAGCUGUUUUGUUCACUGUACUUUAACUGUGAUAUGGAAAAGACUGCAUUCUCUGUGUUGUUACUAGUUAGGAAAGAGAAUUGCUUUGAUUUUGUCUCUUGUUUACUAUAGCUUCUUAAAGUUAAGCCUUGUACUACAGGUUGUUGGAGUACUCCUAGAUCAGUGUUUCGUAGUAGCCAGCAAUAAGUAGUGCAAGUCAACAAAAACACAGCAAACUUAGGCAAAGUGUCCUUUCUUUGAGAUGCGAGUUCUUUCAUGAGGUUUUCUUUAGGGUCAGAGUUACCUAAAGUGAAGCCUUGCUUACCUAUAGACUUCAGAUUCUGCUUGGAAUCCUACCGGAUUAAGAAGCACAUGUAUUGUGCAAUUGUCUUUACACUAUAACAGUUAAACACAAUCUUACUAAGAUUUUGAAACCAGUGUCUGAUUUACGGUCAGUGGAUCUAAAAAGAAAUCCACAUGCAAAUCUUUCAAGACUUAGAGGUGAUUAUAGAAAAGACUAAGUGACUGUAAAGAUGCUCUUUUUUGCAUCUCACUUUAUCUCCCCAUAUACCUACCCAACCUUCCCUUCACCCCUCUCCUGUUUCAUCCUUUCCCCACCCUUUCUCCCAGGUGCUCGGUACUUUACCAAGGUUCUAUAUAUCAGUGUUUUAUGUUGGAGUUUUUCCUUGUUUUUAUUUCACUAGUUGGUAUGCCCUGUUUGUGUUGAAACAAAAAAGGAAAUGGUAUAUUUGACCAUAUGUGUUAUUCAUAGAAGACAGUAUGAUCAAAUGUGCCAAAAACAAGCAAAGAAAACUUAAUUCAUGACAAGUAUGCCUUAUUUUUAAUGAUCUGCUUUGUCUUACAAUUAAGGUCCAAGAGCUUGGUUAAACUAUAUUAUUUGCCUAAGUAUAAAAGAAAACUUGAAAUGCAUUGCAAUAUUGAUGUUCUUUAAAAUGAGAGACACUGUCAAGUAAUUUAAUCCAGAGAUCAGCCACCAGAUCUGAAAUGCCCAUGUAUAUGUGUGUGUUUGGUGUUUUUUCUUUUUCUUUUAAAUCACCAAAUCUUUUUUAAAGCUACUUUUUAUUUGUGCCUCCUAUUUAUCAUGCUGAUGUUAGAAGCAGCAGUCAUCCAGCCACAGAGGGAGCUAAAGUUAACUAACCAGAACUGUAGAAAUCAUUAUACAUGCCUUUGACAACAAAGGAAGUUCAUAAGAAAAGCCAUGUUGGCUUUUCCUCCACUAGAUACAGAUUGGAGAUAGAUGAAUAUUUGCCAAAUGGGGGGGGGGGG